AGCCGUACCCGAGCGGAAGUGACGCGGAGGAAGCCGUCCGCGUCUCAGCCCGCCCCCACCCGUGCCCCGCCCCCGCGGCGCUAGCGGAGCCAAGAUGGCGGCCGAGCUGGAAUACGAGUCCGUGCUGUGUGUGAAGCCCGACGUCAGCGUCUACCGGAUUCCGCCGCGGGCCUCCAACCGCGGUUACAGGGCAUCUGACUGGAAGCUAGAUCAACCUGAUUGGACUGGUCGCCUGCGAAUCACUUCAAAAGGGAAGAUUGCCUACAUCAAACUGGAAGAUAAAGUUUCAGGGGAGCUCUUUGCUCAGGCCCCUGUGGAACAGUAUCCUGGGAUUGCUGUGGAGACAGUGACUGACUCCAGCCGCUACUUUGUGAUUAGGAUCCAGGAUGGCACAGGGCGCAGCGCGUUUAUUGGCAUCGGCUUCACGGAUCGGGGAGAUGCCUUUGACUUUAACGUUUCCCUGCAAGAUCACUUCAAGUGGGUAAAGCAGGAAACUGAGAUUUCCAAAGAAUCACAGGAAAUGGAUAAUCGUCCUAAGUUGGAUUUAGGCUUCAAGGAGGGACAGACCAUCAAGUUGAGUAUUGGGAACAUUACAGCCAAGAAAGGAGGUGCUUCUAAGCCCCGGGCCUCAGGGACGGGGGGCCUGAGCUUACUCCCACCUCCACCUGGAGGCAAAGUCACUAUUCCCCCACCAUCCUCCUCAGUUGCCAUUAGCAACCAUGUCACCCCACCACCUAUUCCAAAAUCUAACCAUGGAGGUAAUGAUUCAGAUAUCCUGUUAGAUUUGGAUUCUCCUGCUCCUGUCUCGACUUCAGCACCAGCUCCAGUUUCUACAAGCAAUGACUUGUGGGGAGACUUCAGCACUGCAUCCAGCUCUGUCCCUAACCAGGCACCACAGCCAUCUAACUGGGUCCAGUUUUGAGUAGCACUGGCAAGAAGUAAGGACACUUGAAGAAUAAAAAUGACCUCAAGGGCACCAUUCUCUGAGGGAGUUGAGGGACAGCUUCAUUUCCCAGAACCCAAAACAGUGGUCAGUCUUUCCCAUAGCUUCUCUGUGCAUUCAGGCUGGAUUCUUUUUUGUUACCUCUGUGUUUCUUGCUGUAUAGCCAGGGGACAAUCUGCUGUUUCCUGCUCAUAACCAAGCAGGGGAGUAGUGGGAAUUAUCACACUGACCGACUUUGCAGAGUUCAGAAGGCCAACUUUAUGAAUGGGAGUGACCUCUAACAUACGUAAAUUCUUGAACUUAUUUCAGAAUCAUCUCAUGAUUCCCUAGUUAGCAAUUUCAGGAGAGAUAAAUGCCUUGAAACUGUCUUGUCCACCAAUCCAAGACUAAAAAUGGGCAGGCUGGCCCCAGGACUCACAGAGUUUGGGUUUUCAUAGGGUUAGAUUUGGAGAAAGCUGUGUCCCAGGCCUUUUCUGUAAGACCUCCUUCAGGCUUAUCCCAUUCAGUGAACAUCCUAUGCUGGGUGGAGCCCCAUCACCUUCUUGUGUGUUUACAUGUCUUUUCCUUUGACAAGAGGGUUGUGUUGGUGGUACCUCACUGUUUUUCUUGUUCAGUAGUGCAGCAUCUUUGACCAAUGAAUAUUUCUGAGAUGAAGGGGGUCAAGGGGCUGUGCUUCCCACAUUGUAGUCUACAGAAGUGUUUAAUUUCUUGCAGCUCCAUGUAAUUGCUGCAUUUGAAGCAUAGCAUUAAUUUAAACUCACCCUGUGUUUGACCUGAAGAGUUUUAACUUGAUAUGUAGAGCAGAAAGCUGGAAGCACUUAGCUCCCAUUCAGUACCCACAAUGCCUUGCUGCCUGGUUUUGACUCCUUUUUAUAAACAUUUCAUUUCAGUCCAUUUAGCGAUUCAAUGGAAAGCUGCUGUUAAUGCUGUCAGUGUGAUGUCAGCUUUCUUUACCUGUGACAGGCAGGCUUUGCACUAGGCUUUGAUACCCAGCUAGGAUAGCUUAAAGCAAGUUCCCACCCCAUCACUCUCCAGGUCUGCCCACCAUUCCUUUUACAGUGCUGUGAAGAGCUCCCGUUGAGGUCGGUGGGUACUGUCCUUUGUUUGUGGGGCAGUUUGAGGGCAGAGUGGGAGGACUCUCACUCCUGCAAGCACCUGCUUGUAUAGCACACUCGGGCUGAGGAGAGUCCUUUCCAAUAUAUCGUUUCUUCUCAAUGCUCUCCUUAGCUCUUUCUAACUUCGGGUCCAUUCUUUCCCAUUGCCUCCUCCCCUUCCCAGGCAGCUCUCUUCUUGCAGAGCCAUGGCAGGACACUUAAGUUCCAAUACAAACACUAAGAAGAAAGUAUAAGAUCACUAGUGACUGUUGGGAAACCUAUUUUCUCAAUCUUCCUCCAUUUUGUGUUCUUUGUAUUCUUAAGAUGAUAAUAUAUUAUGUAUUUGAAUUGCUGAAAAUUGAAAAUGAAGUUGAAGAUAUAUGUAUAUAAGCGUAUGCUGUAUCGGUGCAAUAAUGGUAAUUAAAGAUAUUUAAAAAGGU